GUUACUGAUAUGGUUGUUGAUGAUUUGUAUGAUACUUGCAUGGUACGAAUUUGAUGAUUUAACUAACUUCAACGAUUUAUUAUUCUUGGCGCUCACGGGCCUACCAAUGCAAAAAUUCUCUUCGAGGUGACGAUUUCUUUUUAGUAAUGGAAUUUUAAAAUGCAUUCAAAUGAAAAUUGUCCCGAAGUAUAUCACGAAAAACAGGUUAAGGAAUUAUGUGCUUUACAUGCUUUAAACAAUUUAUUUCAAAUGAAAGAUUAUUUUUCCAAAGUGGAUUUUGAUAAUAUUUGUUACUCUUUAUCACCUAAUGUUUGGAUAAAUCCUCAUAGGUCAAUAUUUGGUUUAGGAAAUUAUGACGUGAAUGUUAUAAUGAAAGCUUUACAAACUAAAGGGUAUGAAGCAAUUUGGUUUGAUAGACGAAAGGAUCCUUCUUGUUUAAUUCAUAGUAAUAUUUUUGGAUAUAUAUUGAAUAUUCCAACUGAUUUAAAAUUUGGAUUGAUUACUCUUCCUGUAUAUCGUAGACAUUGGAUAGCAAUAAGGAAAGUUCAUAAUGUCUUUUAUAACUUAGACUCUAAAUUGCAAACACCAAAAGUAAUUGGAUUGGAGUCUGACCUUAACAAAUUCUUAAAAAAGGAACUUGAAAACGAGGAUAAUCAACUGUUUGUUGUGGUAACUAACGAAGUUGGAGAAAAGCAAAGUUGGUGUAAUUAAAACAUUUCGUUUCUUCAUUGGCACAGUAAACAACUUAACAUGCUAAAAUUGGAAAGAUUUAUGGUAUAUCAUACUUUUCCACAUUAAUUUUAACAUACGUAUUUUAUUGUUAAGAACAUAAAGUAAUAUAUAUUUUAUUUUCUA